AUGACCUCCUUACAAGACUGGAUGGGCAAGUUCAACUCUGCCGAGGUGAUGCCAACCUAUGUUACUUUGUACAACAACAACGAUCCCCAAAUCAAAGACCUAGUGAUGGCCACGGUUGGAAAUUACCUGGAGAUGAUCAAUGAGAUACCAAGAGACCGUAACAAGGCUUACAACUGGGCCUCUGCUCCAUGCAUUGAAGUUAACAACGACAACACCAUCUGUAUCAGCUGGUACGAGCGUGAAAUGCAGGGUAACAUCGACGUCAGUCCUGACAAGGUCUACAAGGAGACCAGCAAGAAGCACUACAUCAACGGCCUGGAUAACAGCAACCGCUAUUGUUCAGACAACAUGGUCACCGUGUUCAACAGAUCCGUGCAGAAGCAACCAAUCCGCUUCCAGGUCCGUGAGGAUGGCCGAUUCCAGGACAUGACUAGUCCAGGUGAGGUCUUCAUGAACCCAGUCUAUAAUGGUAGCAAGGUGUAUGCUGGCACCGGAAACGCGGGCUACCUUGUGUGCAGAUGGGUGGAGCCACGCAACAUUCCCCACCCUGCCACCGACAGUGAUCCAUGGCACAGAAAGAGGAUGAGGGCAUCCAGAUCUUUGACCAUUGCCGAUGCCGGACUCAUCUUCACCACCCUCGCAGCCUAUGGAGUUGCCAUCGAGAUGAUUGACAUGAACCGUGACGGUGUGUUUGACAGAAAUGAGGUUACUCAGGCUCUCAUCCGUGCCAACAUCCCCGCAGACCGUGCAGUCCAAGUGUCCACCAAUUUGUUUGCCCAAUUGUCCCUUGACCAGCCAGGCGAUAUCAUCCGAGCAGUCGACAUCACCAACUACCUUCAGAACUAUGCAUAUCUCCCACCAGGCCAAGGACCUCCAUUUGUACCUACUCCCCAGCAGCCCUUCCAACCUCAGCAGCCACAACAGGGUCUUUCUCAAACCGAGGCCAUGAUGAUCCAAGGAUUUGUUACCAACUGGGGAGGCAGUCUCCAAACCACCGACACGAACAGAGAUGGCAUGAUUGAUAGAAAUGAGAUGAUCCAGUUACUCGUUCGCGCCAACUCACCCUACGAUGUCGCCAGCCAGAUGGUCAACAGGAUCUUUGCAGCACUCGACCGUGAUAACAAUGGAGUGAUCAACUUCACCGACAUCCAACAGUACAGCCAGAACCCAUCUGCAUUCCCUCAACAACCUCAGCAGCCACAACAGCCACAGCAGCCUUACCAGCCCCAACAGGGCUUGUCUCAAACCGAGACCAUGAUGAUCCAGGGUUUUGUUACCAACUGGGGAGCCAGUCUCCAGACCACCGACUUGAACAAAGAUGGCAUGAUCGACAGGAACGAGAUGAUCCAGGUACUUGUUCGUGCCAACACACCCUAUGACGUCGCCAACCAGAUGGUCAACAGGAUCUUUACUGCACUCGACCGUGAUAACAAUGGAGUGAUCAACUUCACUGACAUCCAACUCUACAGCCAGAAUCCAUCUGCAUUCCCCCAACAGCCACAACAAUUCCAGCCCCAACAGCCACAGUUCCAACCCCAGCCCCAAAGAGCAGCCGUUCCCCAAGCCCCUGUGGUUCUAAAUGCUGCUGAUGUUCAGGGAACGAUUCAAAGCUUCAAGACCAACUUUGGUGCAAUGCUCGCCAAGGUUGAUGCCAACAAGGAUGGAACGAUUGACAGACAAGAGUUGUGUAACGCCCUUGCCGAUGGAGGAGUUCCAUUCAACCAAGCGAUGAUGGCCAUGAAGCAAAUAUUCCUAGCCUUGGACAAGGACGCAAAUGGAGUGAUAAACAUCAACGACCUUCGUUAA